ACAUUUCUUUUCAGGUGUAAACAAUGUAUAAUAGCACAUCAUGGCAAGAUAGUAUUAUUCCUAUAAAAACAAAUGUAGUUAUAGCAGAAAGGAAUCGUUCUCUUGGAUUACGAGGUUGGAAUUCACACAGAAGCCCACUAAGACAUUACGGAGACCGGGUAGUUGCGUCAGUAAAUUUGGAUAACUCGAAAUUCGAACUUCCUCCAAGGACAAAGACUACAUUUAUCACAGCGUUCAGCCCGGACAACACUCUUCUAGCAAGUUGCCAUGGAGACCACAAUAUCCACAUUUUGGACUUGAAAACUAAGAAGUUGGUGAAGUCUCUUUCUGGUCACGAGCGUUCGCCAUGGUGUGUUACUUUCCAUCCUGGAUCAAAUGAAAUUCUUGCUACAGGAUCCCUGAAUGGAGAGGUCAGGGUCUGGGAUCUACGGGGUGAGGGGAGUGAAUCUUGGACAGUGGAUAACAACGAACUGGUAGCGAUUGCGUCACUUUCGUUUCAUCCCUAUGAUCAUGUACUAGCCAUAGCAGCAGGAAAUGAAAUACAUUUUUGGGAUUGGAGCUUGCCGCAUCCAUUUGCGUCUGUGAAAACUAACUCUGAAUCUGAGAAGGUUCGUUUUGUCCGUUUUGAUCCGUGGGGUCACUCUAUAAUUACCGGGGUCGGAAAUGCGGAAGAUGACGAAGAGGAUGAACCAACAUUUGAUCACUGGUCGUGGUUGUUCGCUCCUUCAUCGCGAUCUUGGAGAACAGGCUCUGGCGAUUUCAGACCGGCUUCACGUUACCGUUCUCGACGCCGACCGCCUCAUGCUGCCACGGCAACCCGUGAACCAGGAUCUAUAUCAAGUGAGCCGCCACUAGGUGAUGCUAGCAACUCAACGGAUUUCUCAGAGCACAGCAGGCGCACAAGGCACUCAAUCCGUCGCCGUGUUAGCAGAUUCCAUAAUGAACGAGGAAGAAAUGAAAAUUAUGCGGAGAAUACUGAAUCUGAUAUGACUUUAGUAGAUGAAACACCAACAGAGGACAGUACUAGGCAGAAUCCGCUCGCUGAAGCUCAUCAAAGAAUAUGGCAUGCAAGAGUGAACGUAAAUGCUCAAAUACGGCAGCAGUGCACAAGGCUACAAAUGUUGAGACAGGAACGUCAUAGGCUUGAACUGAGACUACGUGAACUACAAAACAGCGCGAAUGAAGUCCGAAACUCCACGCCAAUGUUCAAUAGCGCCACAGGAAGCGUAAACACUAGAACCAUAUUAGAUGACCCAGAACACCAUCAAGUGGCUGCACCGUACACAACAAGUAUUCAGAAUAGCGUUGAUAACGUCCGAAGACAACGAGAACGCUUAUUGGAUGUUUUAAAUAUCCGUCGUACAGAUAGGAGUAGUGUAACUUCAAGUACAACUUCGUCAUCGAGUACACAAAAUGUUUCAACAAAUUUGCGGCCGGGUUUUAGAAGUACUAUUUACCAGCCACAGCGCGGUACUCUGACUGAGCCGGAAGCGUUGUAUCGUCCAGCAACACAAAGUUUCCAACCUAGUUAUCAUGAGCUGACAGGGAGAAUCCCCUCGGCGAAUUUAAGCCUGACUUCGACUUUGGAUACAUACACAACUCCACGCAUUGCACCAUAUGUCUCAUUUCCAAAUUUUUCCGGUCCUUCACGGCGAGAUAUACUUCACUCUCACCUUCGGUCCCUGAGAGAGGAAAUCCUACAGCAGCAGCUGUCAAGCGUUACUACCGCUACAACAAGCCGUGCGAUGUAUGGUACAUUUUCAAAUUUAUCUCCAGGUAAUUUUUCGAUAGCUGCAACAUCCACGACUGAUUCCGGGAGACGUCGAAACGUUAUUUCUGCACCUAGCGAAGAGACACUUAUGCGUCCUUCAUAUAUGGCUUCUAACGUCGCCUCCGAUUUAUGGGAUGCCGCAGUUACAACACCAGAGGCAUCGGAGGAUAAUUUGUUACCCCCUCGAUUGCUCACCCUUGCAAAUACAGCCCAGAGUUUAGAAAGGGAUAAUCUUGGACUCCGGUCCUCCCCUUAUCUUCGACGAGAAACACCGAUUUCAAUGGCCGAUAGAGAGUCAUAUUCGCUUGCGAGACUAACUCGCCAAAUUUCUCCGAAUCCGGAAGUAAAUUGGAUUUCUGCAACGUCACUUGAUUCAGCAAUAGAUGGUCUUGCAACCUUACCUUCAGAGGAGAAUUCCACUUCAACUGCGACGCGAAGUUUAUCCAAUUCUAAUGAAAUGAUGGAAAUUGAUAUUUCCGAUGUUCAAUCAUCCGUAACUUUGGAAAAUUUGGCUUCAUCGCCACCUAGAGAGCGUUAUAUUAACUUUCGAGAUUCCUAUUUGAACAGAAAUUUUGGAAGUUCCUUCGAGCAUUCGCCUCCUCAAAAUAUCACAAGACAAAUUGAAAGAAGAAAUGCCAGUUUGAACCUGCUGGAACCGGAUUCAACCAGUUUGGGCUCGUCUAAUUUGGAUUCGCUUGGACUAAGAUACCUCAAUACUGAGGAGAAUAGUUCUAGCCCACCUUCAUCAACAGGUCUAAACUUGCCAGAACCUGUUUUUACCACUCGUAACUGGCUUGGACAGGAAAUCGGUCAAACUUCAAAUACAAGCGGUCUCAACCAGUUGGAACCGGUUUCAACGAGCCAGAACCACAUUGAACCGGAUCAAUCUAAUCAAAAUAAUUUAGGACCGGAUAGAACGAGUGAACAUGAAUCAAGAAGACAAUAUUCAAUGUCAAGGCUACGAUCGCUACAAUCCCUAAUACAAAUGACCCGAAACCAGUCAAGCGAAUCAGCGACUUUGACAAGUUCUGGUAUGAGUGCGUAUCUGCGGCAUAUGUCAGCUAUCGAACCACCGGCAUAUUCCUCUGUAUCAACAGCUUCACCGACUUUAGAAACUUUUACGCUCGCAUCCAGCGCACCCCAGAGCAACACAGUAAGAGAAGAUGCCGCUGAUUUUCCUGUGGGAGACGAGAGUACGUCUGCGUCGAGCAGUAGAACAAGCUCUCGUGUUCCGAGUCUAGUUGGUUCCGAAACCGUAGAUUUAAGUGAUCUUUUAGGUGAAAGUUCGGAAUCUCUUACUCCACCAAGUGGUAUGAAUUCAAUUACUGAUCCGUCCCCUUUCAACGAGAACACAAUCACAUCUGCAGAAUCGUUAUCCAUGGCAGUUGACUCGUUAAUUGAAGCAACAGACUCUCUUUCUGGAGCUGCUAAUAAUUUGCUGCUUGCAGCUGCUACAUCAACUGCGAAUUUUCCAACGCAAGAACUACCCCCAGUUUCUAGCCUUGCAACCUAUAUUUCUACCCCGAGUUUUACCGCAUCAAGUGCCAGUAUUGCAAGCCCCAUGUCCACUAGUAUACACAGUUCAGCUAUUACAACUACUUCACAUAGUGCAGCUAGAACAUCCAUGGCGACUAAUCAACACAGUACUAUAAACAUAAUACGCGAUACGAUCAUGAAUACUAGAGUAACGCUAGAGCCCAGAGUCUCUAUGAGCACGCCAAUGCCAGAUACACUCGAACGUUUUGGAAUUCGAACAAGUAUUCCGAGUCCUCGUUCAUAUAGAGUUCUACAACCUCCACGAUCAAUGCAACGUGCGACAUCUGUUCAACCUAGACAUACUAUGCAAACGACUGUACCUAGUAUAGCUAGACAGACAACAUCAAGAAUACCUGUCCGUCUUGGUGCAAGGCCCUUUGAAACAGAUGUCAAUGUGAUGAGAGAUCGCUGGUCUCGCCUGAAUGACCGUUCUCCAUUGUAUCAACAUGAAGAAGAAAUUCAACCAGAGAUCCGCAUGGAAAAUAAUAAUAUCUGGAUGCCAGAUUGGAGUAGACGUGGGGUGGGGAAUCCCCUUGAUAGCUCAAACAAUUUGCAAAGUUCAGAUAGCCAACGACCCGCAUUAAGAUUUGAUAUACCGUUAAUCAUUGAGCGGGAAUCAGCAGGAAAUACAACCAUGACACAGCAAUAUGGGGACGACACGUCACAACAAGAGCAAAACGGUGGUGCAAGGAGUCGAGAUGAUUUGCCGGAUUUGACUCGAAGAUCUGAUUGGCCGAGCGCUCCACGUCCAGCUUGGAGAGAAUCUGACACUCAGGUUCCGAAUGCACCAACAGGCAAUUCAUCAACGAGAAAUAUUGCUCAGACAUACGUUGAACCACCGUCAGUUCGUCCGAAUUCUCGUGGAGUUUUCGGUCGCCAACAACAAGGGAGAUCACAUAGACAGUUAAGAAGAACACGCAACAGUAUGCGAAGUAAUAUAAAUCGAAUCAUAUCAACGGUGUACGCUGAAAACCACGGACAUCGAGCCGUAGUUCAGAAUAUCGAUAACAUGACAUACAGACUCCAGUAUUGGGAUUUCACAAAACUUAAACUUCCGGAGAUCAGCAGAUCUGAUGUCAAUGUCUUGGUUCCUCAUUGCAAGAUUUAUAACGAUGCAAGUGUGGAUAUAUCACAGGACGGUCGCCUCCUCGCAACUUUUGUGCCGACGUUUGUUGGUUACCCUGACAACAUGAUGAACGUUGGUGUGUUCUCUCUCGAACCAAGCACUUUCGGACAAUUACUAUUCAAGAAAUCAUACGGCCCCAAUGCCGUGUGUCUCAGCAUCUCUCCACUUUGCAACUAUAUCUGUGUUGGACUCAAAAGCCGGCAGUUUUUACUCGGAGAAUCAAGACCUAAUAGGUAUCUAAUGGGGCAAAUACUUGAACUAACAAAUGAAAAUACAGCAGAGAUGCCGGUUGUGAAAAGCGUUUGCCAUCCUGCCCAAGAUCGUCCACAUCGUCCAGUGAGCAUCAACACAAUGUCGUGGUCCCCCGAAGUAGGGGGCGGGCUUGUCUAUGGGACUAAUAACGGGGAUUUAAGGAUAUGUACACUCUCUUCGAAGCCAUCUGAAACUGAAAACGAGGAAAAUAAUUCUAUUCCUGUGCUAAUAAUGAGGGUUUAAUAGCAUGUGAGCUUGAUUAGAGACUGGAAACAGGGAUUAUUGUAAAUAUCCCCCGUUAUAGAGACAAAGAUACAGAGGAUAUUCAAUGUUAUGAAACACAUUCAGAUUUGAUACUGGGAAAAUUCGAAAGGGUUUUUGUAUUGACAAAUCGCUAAAUUACAGUUCCUUCACCACCAAGCCCUCACAUCCGAAAUGAAUGACUGGUUAAUCAUAUUUGGUUUGUGGUUGGCUACAUGAUUAUACCGUUUUGUCAGAUUUCUUUUUGGUACUCAAGAAUUAUGUGAACCAAGAUGGCAGACACCGGAACGUAAUAUGUGUACCAGUUUAGGGUUAGGCCAUAAUUUCAGGUACAAAUACCACGGGAUUCACUUGGCUAGUCCCCGAACUCGUUAUAGAACU